AUGACGCGCACGUCGCCCAAGGCCAAGCUAGGGGGCAAAAACCAUAUCAACCUCAGUGUAGACACGAGGUACCCGUCACCUGUGGCCGCGACUACAUUGGUCAAAACCAUAACUCGGUGCUCGUUUGCCAAGUCUCCAAGAGCGUCCUUCAUCUCCCUCCCAACGACCCAUGCGUCGACCUCCAAGCCACCGGAUAGCAUUUCCGAAGAGGAGUACUUUCGACUGCUCAAGAAGACGGACGUGCUGGGGCACUUGCUGCGCGUAAACGACAAUCUACUCGAAGCCGAAGGGUUGUUGGAGGUGGCCGAAGUGGACAAUUCGAAACUCGACGCCAUGAACAAGCACAUUCUCGUGGAAUUGCAAAUGUUCAAAGCCAAAUAUUACGAAUCCCAACGACUCUUUACCGACCACAUUGAGCAAUUGACGGGGGUGUGCUUGCAUCAAGAAGCGCUGCAAAAGGGCCACCCAAAGGAGGCGGCGGCCCAAGUUGCGGAUAAAUUCAAGCACAUUCGGUUGAUGGAAGACUUGCAGCAGGCCACCACGUCGUCCAGUCUACUUUCGGCCACAGACGACGUUCAGUCCCGAUCGUUGGUAGUCGUCGCGCAACUUCGGGUGGAUCAGUUGAACGGGUUUUACCAGUCGUAUUGUCGAGACCUACACACUGCAGAAAACGUGGUCGCGGAAGAAAAGGCCAAAGGGACAUCGAUUCAAGUGACCGAGGUGAAGUAUGCAGAAAAGAUCGAAACAGCGUUAAAACACGUUCAAGCAGAGAAGGACCAACUACUGGAAGAGAUGCAGCUGACGGCGAAACAAAACGCAGCGCUCCACGACGAAAUCGCCACGUUAAAGCAGAAACUCGAACUUCAAAAGCAGGUACAGCGCCAAGACAAGGCGGCCUUGCUGGCCCAGCAAACCACCGUGACUUUGCUGCUGCAAAACGUCAAGGCCGACGUGAAAAAGAGAUAUGGCUUCGUGCCGCCGGCAUUGGACGCGUAUUCGCUGCACAGCCCACCGCCACCCCCUCCGCCGACAUUUCGAUGCUAAUAUGUAAAUACAAGCCAAAAAUAGCAGUAAAGACCAUGGAUAUUGGGAACUUGUUUCUCACCUUGCACUGG